AUGGCGGCUUCCGAAGGUGAGGUUUCUAGGAAGUUGGACACCGUGUUGGGUGUACGGGUUAAGGCAGCCUUGCUAACGUCUCCGGCAGUCAUCGAGAUCACGCUCCGCUGUUCGGACCAUCUCGACGAGUACAACACCCGCACCUUCAAACUCCGUCCCGGAGAUGUUGUACACAUCGGCCGAGCAUCUAAGAACGCCGCGAAACCAGAGCUUAUGAUCGGACCGGGCAACGCCUACAUCGACAGCCCCACCAUCUCAAGGGAGCACGCCGUGCUCACAGCGACCGCCCCGCCAGCCGCUUGCGUAUACGUAACAGACAAGGGAUCUAUGCACGGCACUAUGGUCAACGGCAACAAGUUGGAACCUCAGAAGGCCCAGCGUCUCAAUAACGGCGAUAUUCUACAGUUCGGUGCCAACGUCACCCGCGAGCAGCGUAGGUUUCACGAACCGUCUGAUCUUCGCUUCACCACUGACGCACACCUAGUCUUCUAUACUGCGCGCCAGUUCACAUUCGAGUCCUCUUUGCCGUCGUAUCCCCACGGCUUCACUGUUCCUGAAUCCUCGGACGAAGAAGAGGUCGAGGUGGACGAAGGCAUGAGUUGCCCGCGACAUUACGGAACGCAGAGAAAUCCUUUCACCAUCGACGACGUCGACGAAUCGCGUCUGAGCUCGGCUGAAGAGCUGGCCAAGGUUCACAAGAUUCGUGCUAAUGUCAACAACGACGACGAAUUCGACGAUGAUGAGCUCGACAAAGAUCUUCGGGAUACCACUAUACCUUCCGAUGCAAGUCAAGACGCCCAGGAACGCUCUCCUUCGCCGGACGUUGAUGAUGAUAAUGUCUUCUACCCCGAGGACGUCUCAACCACCUUCCCCGCUCCCAGUAGAUAUGCUUUUGUUGAACAAGCCACCUCGGAAGGUGGUGCUUCCCCUAUCUAUUCCAGCGACGAUGAACCCAUGUCUAUGUCUCAUGUUGAUAGCUGCGCCUCCGUGGCCGAUUCUGACGAGUCUCUGUCCGACGGGGACAUGGAACUAGAGGACAUCGAUGACGAAGAGCAAGGGGGGGUAGCUGCUCCUGAGACAUAUGCUAUGCAGCUCAGGCUUCUGGAACAGCAGAAUAAGAGGCGCACACUGGAGCGAGCCAACCUUCAGAAUGGAACCGAAGCUCGUGGAACCCUUACAGAUGCCCUCGCUUCCCCAGAUACGAAGAAAUGCUACGUAGGUGAUUCUGUCGAGGACGGCGCCAUCCGUAUCCACAGCUCGGAGCUGUGCCCUUUCCCGAAUACUAAGCUUGCUGCGCCUGCUGCAACUGUGGAGGCACCCAGGAUCCCAGAACCGGAACUACGCUUUGAACCAAUGUACACUUCAAAUGGGGUGUAUAGUGAUUCUUUCGAAGGCUUUAGCGGCAUGGAAGCUAUGCCUCCUCGCCCAGCAGCUCCUCGCCCGAUGCAAUGGAAUAUGGUUGACUACACCAGUCCAUUCUCUCCACGUGCGUGCAGAGUACCCCACCACUUGCUAUAUUCUGACGUUCUGCUAGCGACAAAUUCUCAUACAUUCGGUCCUACAUACUCAAAUGACUUUGUAUGCAACUAUCCUGGCCGAUCCGAGCCGCUCUUGCCUAACCCGUAUGCCGCACAGCCGUCUUUCCUGCCAGAUAAUCCAUGGGAGCCUUCCAAGAGCUCUUCUUCAGCUCCAGUCUCAGGUGUGCAGACACCGCCGCCUGCACCGUCUUUCGAGAAUUCGUCGCCUCCAGUGCGCCGGACCGAAGUUUCGAUUCGCGAGAUAGUCGAGGAUGUCACUCAACAGCCGCCAACGCCGACGUCGGUCACUAGUGGCUUGAAACGUAAGGCGGAUGUCCUUGACGAGGCCGUCGAAGUCUCUGACGAAGAGCCUACACCUGAUCUACAGUCAACGUCCAGCGGUGCCGCUCCAGAUGCAGCAGCCUCCGAGGCAGUUGAGCCCUCAGAUGCUACACUCAGCCAGCGCCCUAAGAAGCGACUGCGAUAUCGCCUCGGAAGUGCCGUCAAGACUGCUGCAGCCUGGAUGGUUCCUGGUGUUGUCGGUGCGGCGGCCUCUGUGGCCUUCCUUACUUCCGUUCCCAACGACUUCUUCGUCGCCUGA